AUGAAUAUAAAAGAAAGCGAAGGGAUAGGUAAUGAAAUUUCUGAAGAAGGAGAUCUUAACUUUAACAAAGCGCUGCCUCAGCUAGUCGAAAUCUCACCUACAAGCAGGUUUAGUAGGUUUGACGAAGAAAUCGGAUGUGGAGCUUAUAAGACAGUCUACAAAGCAAUUGAUAAUGAUACAGGCUGCGAAGUGGCCUGAAAUAUAGUCAGAACUCACGGGAUGAGUAAGCUGGAAAAGGAAAGAGUCAGGGAUGAAAUCAUGAUCAUCCAGAAACUAAAACACCCGAAUAUUUUACAUUUUAUAAAAGCCUGGCAUAACAAAGGUAGAGAGGAAGUCGUUUUCAUUACUGAAAUUAUGACUGGUGGGUCUCUCAGGCAGUAUCUAAAAAAAAUUAAAACUCCAAGGCUAAAAGUAAUCAAAAGGUGAUGCAAAUUUAUUUUAGAAGGCUUAAAUUAUUUGCAUUCCCAAAAACCGUUUCCGAUCAUCCAUCGGGAUCUAAAAUGUGAAAAUAUUUUUGUGAGCGCAAGAACUGGAGAAAUUAGAAUCGGAGAUUUAGGUUUGUCGACAUUUAUGAAAAGUUCAUACAAUAAAUCAGUUGUUGGGACUCCUCAAUAUAUGGCACCUGAACUAUUUGAAGAAAGAUAUGGAACUAAUGCUGAUAUUUAUUCUUUUGGCCUUUGCGUACUUGAAAUGUGCACAGGUGAAAUAUCCUGAUUUUUCUAAAUAAAACACAAUUUUUUAUUGUUUUUUGAUUAUUUUGCUUUCUCUAUUUUAUCUAAAUUCUCUUUAAAUAAGAAAAAAUGAAACUCCUAAUUUUCAAAGGAGAUUAGGGAGCAAAUAAAAUUAUAUUAUAUAUAGCUACUUAAAAAAAUAUUAAAUUUCAUAUAUUUUUAAAAUAGAAUACCAUAUUCAGAAUGUAAAAACGAAAGGGAAAUUUAUCAAAGGGUCUCACGAAGAAUCAAGCCAUUUGCCCUAGAAAAAAUCGGAGACACAGAUAUAAAAGAAUUUAUUAAAUUGUGCAUGACUGAUAUGGACCAAAGACCUUCAGCAGAGGAUCUGCUCAAUCACCCAUUUCUAAUGAUAGACGAAAGUGAUGAAAAAACCCACGGAAUAAUAAAGCUAAUAGAAGUUCCUUGAGUGCCAACUCUAGAGCUAAUAGACGACAAGUCACAAGCCUCAAGUGAUUCCCCACAGCGAGAUUUACUCAAUAUAAAAGAUGAAAGAUUUUAUUCUUCCAAAGAUAUUCAGCUCUCUAUAAAGAUAGGAGUUUUAGACCGACGGACUGGAAAAAUUGUGAGGAGAAAAUUGGAUUUCUUAUACAAUUUAGAAUCAGACACUCCUGAAGGUGUCGCUGAAGAAAUUGUUGCGAAUUUCGCUUUGGAAAGUGAAUACACUGAGUCUAUUGCAAUGAUAAUCCACAAAAAGCUUGGCUAA